UUUUAUUUCGAAAAGAAACAAUACGUGUGGUCACGCGCAAUGUGGCGUGUGUGAACCGCAAUUUCAGUCCUGAAUAAACAAUCUAGUGGUAAGAAGAUCACUCUUUGUGGCUAUCCAUGGUUGGGCUUUGAAAGACACUAAGAAGAUGGCCAUAUCUUUAAACCCCAUCGUGAGCUUCGGCUCAACGAAGUUAGAAACAAAGUAUCAGGAUGCAUCAAGAUAUUCUGUUGGAGCUUCUUUACCAAAGGCCACUCAGUUUACACCCUUCUUGGUAGUGUCUAGAUCAAGAAAGCUUGUCAAGAAUAAAAGACUUGGUCAUUGUUUUUCAGUUGCAGAUAGUGAUCAGCUUGCAGCAGACAACAACAGUAGUAACAAGGAUUUUGACAAUGCUGAAGACUCACAAGCCAAUGAUCAGUUAGCAUCCAGGAAUCCUCUUGAUGAAAAUUUCCAGUUGCAAAAUGCUGAGUCAGUAUCUCAAAUAUUAGAGACUUCCAGUUCCAAUGGUUCAAUUAACCAAAACCAAGGGUCAGAAGCAUCUUCUAAGUCACAAUCUGUGACCAAACGACCUUCCCUGACUGCACGAGAGAGGCUAAAGGCAGCUCGAGUUGGGAACCGAUACACGCAAUCCAAAGCAUCUAAACCAGACAUGAACAAGAGGGUGUUGGAGGCUCUAAAAGAAAGUGACAAAGGGAAGAAAAAAUCAGGACUUCCAGAAGCCCCUACUAAUUUGUUUGAUGAUAGCAAAAGAGGGUUGUCAACAGGCUUAUCUUUCCAAUUCCCUGGAGGUUCUGAUCUCUUUUUCAUUGCCUUCUCAUUUGUUUUCAUCAGCACAGUGAUGUUUGCUACAACUUACAUUGUGUGGAAAGUUGGUGCAAUCCAUUUUAAUGAGUACUGAGGUGCAGUGUUAAGAAUUCACCACGAAAAUAGAUAGCUGGUUUAUAUAUGUAGACAACCUUCAGUUGCUUCAAACUUCAUGAACUAUGAUGAUGUUGAUGAUCAGUUUUUUAACAUCAUAGGUGCUGAGAUCCUUUUUUUCUUUUAUGAAGUUCAUUAUUGUUGUUAUUAUUUUAUAAGCUAGGAGAGAGAUUUAAUUCAGGGUGGAUGUAAAAUACAAUGUAUAAUGCUCAACUUAUACGCCAGGAGUCCCUCUUGAGGCCCUAGUUCUUUUGUUUUUUUAAAACUGUUUUUGAUUUA